AUCUUUGUCUGCAUCACCGAUCUUACAGAGCAAAAAGCCGAGGUCUUAGAGCGAAAACUCUCCAUAGCGCCUACUACAGACGGCGAAUUACUAAUAGCUCAACCGAGAAGAAGAAGUCGAGCUAGUUCAAUCAUGGAGAGGAGUGAGCCGAAGUCUCUGGCAACUGUCCAAUCAACAAUGACCGCCGAACGUCUCUCCUAUAUUGCGCUGUUUGAAGGUAUCAUCGGUAUCACAAUGGCUAUUUGCACCAUGACCAUGGGAUCUGCUAUUUCCAAAUUUGGAUUUCAGUUUCCUGCUUGGUUUAUGCUUGGACUAGUUGCUAUAAACUUGGUGCUCACAGCACUUAUGCCUAACACCAAAGUCCUGUGGGACACUGCAACCAGGAGGAAUUCGUUAGCGCCUAAAGGAUUAGAUGUGGACACGAGGAAAAACCUGCUUUCAAUUUCGGAGACGGGCGAAAAUCGAGACUCCCAAAACCCAAAUGUUGUUGUGAAGCCACCGGCACCGAAAAAGAAGACCAACUGUUGUACUGCUCUUAAGCAAAUGGAGCCCUAUUAA